CUUUUAAUAUAUUAUAUUUCUUCCGUGAGAGAUGAAACAAUACGCGACAGUAGUAUUUAAUAUUCAUUACCACAGCAGUGCCGAUAGCAUUUGCGCAGGCCGGUAGUCCUUGUAUUGUUAAGCCAGGACUACUACAGUGAAUAGAGUGGAAAUGCAUUGAUCAGGCUCCCCCAGGGAUAUUGAUUAGUCUGGUGUGGAGUCGAUAGCUAGUGACAGACUACUGCUUCCCCCACCCUAUUGUCGAGCACCUACCACCCACCGCCUGGUUGUGUACAAAGGCGGUAGAAUCGGACGAGUCCUGAGAGAAAUGACCGUGACCGCGAGAAACAACCACAGCGUCAAGGCCAAGGACAAUGACGUCAGCAAGACCUCGUUUUUACAAAAUGGAAUCGUCGCAGGUCCGAAGAGAUUGUACACGUUAGAGGAAGUGUCAGGAACAAAAUAUUUCGGACAUGACCACAUCCUGACAGGGUACCGGACCGGACUGACAACCAAAGAAUGCCUGAGAAGCAUAUUUCAAUGGCACAACGAGACCAUCAGUAUAUGGACCCAUGCCAUCGGGUUUGUGUACGUCAUGUCCAUGCUCGUCUGGGAAAACUUCGUGACGAUACCUCGUUACCAUGGCAACUUCUGGGAUCACGUGAUUGUCAGCGCCCACCUGUUAUGUAGUGAGGUGACUCUACUGUCAUCUGCAUGCUGUCACAUUUUCGGCGGCCACCGGUCUCCAGAAGUGCGAGGCCUCAGUCUGAGGCUGGACCUGUUCGGGAUCUUCAUCGGAGUUCACGGCUUUCAGUUCAUCAUACUCUACUACGGCAUUUGUGAUGAGUGGUACUUUUACACGCAUCAUGUUGUGGCUUGGUCGCUGUUCUUCCUGAACGUUGCCGUCGAGUUCAAGGACGAUGAGGUCGGCCAGACUCAAGACGCCGCCGUGCUGAAAAGGCGCAUCACGCUGACGGCUUUGCAGUGGGGAUAUGGCGCUGUGCCAAUAGUACAUGCCAUCUGUAGCAACGGCGGCUUGUCGCAUCCUACCGGACAGUACUUCUGUCAGCGUUUCCUGGGAGUGGUGUUCUACUCCCUGGCCUGUCUCGUCUCCUACACAUCCCAGCUACCGGAGAGACUAGCCCCAGGAUGGUUUGACUAUGUUGGACAGAGUCACCACUGGUGGCACAUGAUGGUGCUGUGCGGGAUCAUCAACUUCAACAACUCCGCUCUGGACUUCAUACAGCUCCGACAGAAGGUCCCAUGUUCUUAACGUCUCCUCAGGCAUAGCGGAAUUUCACAUGAUCACAUCAGUCCAAUGACAUGGAGUAGUGCUUAGUUUCAUUUGAAAGAAGAUAGAAGGAGAGAACUAAAACUCAAACUUCCAUGAAAUGCGUGCUUACACAGAUUUACCUAGCUCUGGUGAUAUGUAUUAUAUCAGGAAAUAAGAGUCAUAAUCAUGUUCAACUAAAAGCGCAUCUUUCCCUGGAAGCAAAAUUAUUUGCAACGUAAAGGCAGUUCUUGAAUAGUUUGUAACAAUUCAGUGUGGUCUAUUAGACGACUUCAGAUGGGUGGAGGUAAAGGUGCACUCUCACUGCACUUGCGUCACGCUUGCGUCACUGCGGGGUUUGAAAGAUACUCAACUAAUUUCAGAGAUGAAGAACGAAUUUUCUUACGUUUUGUGUAUUCCGCCGUCUUCUUAGUCAUACUUUUACGUAUCACGCAAAAAAUCGGAAAAAAAUAACAAAACAGUGACGCAGUGAACGAACCCCGCAGUGACGCAAUCUUGACGCAAGUGCGGUGAGAGUGCACCUUGACCAAUGUAACCUAAUUCAUUGAUGUCCCCUCUUGGUAAUACGAGAUACACACCACACACCUUUCGACAGAGUCGGACCGCAUGCACUGUGUGGAAUAUAGCUAUAGUAUACGUCGCAAACAAAGGAUAAGUAUAACUAACGUUGCAGCAAGUGCUGUAAAUAAUUUCAGGCCACUUAUCACUUUAGGGCUUCAAUGAGAUAAACUACCUCUGAACAAAACCAACGGUAGUAACUUAUUGUCCUAUUUUAGAAGAAUUGAGUAGAAACGCAUCCGCACGUACAGUAUAAUCAUCGGAACUCAAAUACGGACCUACUUCUAUUACCUCA